GUAAUAAUCAAAGAAGCGGACGCCGAUACGUCUGUGCGGUGAGCGCCAAUCUACGACGUCAGAGCCCACCAGCUGUGGGACAUACCAGGCUUUUCCGUCACGGGCCGUUCGACUCGAAUCCGCUCGAAUUAUCUCUUCUGUACGGCGACACCCUUCGACACUGCAUAGAACUCGUGAGAUCCCUUUCGCUCCGCUUUCCACUCUCUUACGAUAGACACACUUCUUCUAAUCCGCGUCAACGUUCUCCUUUGGCUUCUUUCCGCUGCAGCAAACUGUAGAACACUCCCCCACUGGGAUUGAAACGCAGAGGAAGGGGAGAGGGGAGGAAAAGCACGCACCAGCAUCACCAGUCGGAAUGCCUGGUGUGCCCGCCAAAAUCCUCGUCGGACCGACCACCUACGUCCACCUUCGGCGCAAGCACAGGGACUACUACGCACCUGAUUUUCUCCUUUCGCCAGAACUUCUUGCUUCUCCGGACGCAAGCCCGCACGUGUGGCGCUACACCAUCUCACCGGAUCACCACAACACCGUCUUCUUCUACAAUGCGACGAGCAAGACGUCGGUCUGGGUGCUUCCGGUUGUGCAUCCUGACGGCCGCACCGAAGAGCUGCCAGAGGGGGAGGUGAUGCGGGCGAUCCGCGAGGCUUCACCGGGGGCCGUAGGCGCGCAUACCGAAGCAGGCGGACGGGAUGUGGCAACGGCACCGGCAGCUCAAGGCAAAGCAGAAGCGGGACAACCGGAGACGGGUAGCGGCCGUGCUGCAGUUGAGGGCGAAACGGUAGAUGACCAGAACAGUGCUGCCCGCAACGACCUUGCAGGCAAUCCUGUUGCGACCCCGGCAAACGCGCUGCCCGCCACAAAGGCGUCGGAGUCUGCCGUGCCGCCGGCGGGAACGGCAGCCGAAGCCCCAUCCGACGCUCCACCAAGCAGUAGCGGUGGCGCCGGUGUCUCCCGCGAGCGCGUGCAGGCGGCGGUGCUCCGAGCACAACAAGCGAAUCCUUUAACCAUUUCCAUCGGUGCCGGCGAGUCGGUCACGGAAAGCAGUCCUGCGGACCACAGCGCACCAACGACGUCGCUACAACGACGACUGGCGGCGUGGCGCGCAAAGCGGCUUCAAUCGCCGUCCGCCACGGUCGACGAUGGUUCCACCUUCGCCUCGAGCCCCCUCGCUGUGCAGCGGCAAAGUAGUUCUGUGACUCAACAGGACGGCUCCCCGCCACCGCCGCAGGACGCGAACACACCUUCACCGAUCACCGUCAACACGGAUCCGCUGCUCGCCGUUGCGCGUUCCACGUCAGCCCCUUCCGCAGCGUCAGUAGUAACAGCAUCCAUUGGUCCUUCUCCCAGUUUCGCGUCUGCUGUCGCCACGCCACAACUCGUCGCGUCGGCUUCUGAGGCGACACACCCGGUAAUGCCGGCAUCCGUGUUUGCAACAGUACCUACAGCACCGCAAGGCAAGUCCGCGCCUCUCACUCCUCCCCGUAAAGGUCAAGAAGCAAGCUCUCCUGAACAAAGUCGAGAGCCGACCGCACCUGUUCGUGGCAGCCCCGACUCCUCUCCCGCACUGAAUCUUGCAGCGCAGCAACGGAAGGCGCAGGAGGCGGAACUGGCGAGAGUGGCAGCCCUCCUGCACAGAGAAAAGCUCGCCGCGAUGGAGCAGGAGCGGGCUGCGUUGGAGUGCCGACGGCGGGCGGUGGCCGUGGAGCAGCAGGAGGCCGAAGAGCGCGCCCGCAUGAUGGCUGUCCGAGUUGCGGCCGAGCGGAACCGUGUGGAGGCCGAGGAGCGUCUUGCGGAAGAAAGGCGCCGUCAGCAGCGGAGGCUGGAGGCAUCUGCCGCGGCAGACGCCCGCGUGGGUGAGGUAAACCAGCAUGUCGUGAAGCACAGGCAGAUGGAAGAGGAGGCGGAGGCGACGGUGGCGGAGUCGUUCAGCUACGCAGCACGUAUUGCGGCGCAGCUCGCCGCCGCCGCACCGCGACCGGAGGAGAUCACAUCAGCUCUUUUAAAGGAGCGAGAUGCGCUGCCGAUUCCUUCUGAGUCCGCAGGUGCACGCCGCAGCCCAACGCUGUGUGAGCAGCCCGCCCGGCGGGGACGCCAAAACGCACCAGCUGAAGCGCCAGCACUCCGCGCCUUGUCCCACAACAUUCAAGCGGCUGCGGCCCACACCGGCAGCGCGUCAAAUAAGCUCAUGAGUGGCACCCCGGCGCCGCCUGUGCCUGUUCCUGUGCCGAUGCGCACCCACGAACACAUCUGCUACGGCGUGCCUUUUGUCUACGACGGCGAAGUAGUAGACUACAAGCCCGCGCGUGCCUUUGUGUCGAGCCCUCAAGCGCUAUUAAGCGUAAAAUCAAAGUCGCGCGCUGGUGCGCUCGGCAACAACGAGAUGUUGGCUUCCGCGUCGGCUCCGGAGGUGCCAGUCCUGCUGACGUUGAAACGCGAGGGGCAGGGCACGCAGUACUACGAUGCAAGUCGGCAGCACUUUUUUACUGGUGAAUGGCACGAUGACAAGCGUGCCGGCGCCGGCGUGCUCUCGCUUCCCAACUCCGCCGUUCAGGGCCGCUGGCUGAACGAUCAACUGACGGGAUCUGCGGUCGUGCAAACAAGGCAUGCCAAAGCGAACCUAGUCGUCGCCGGUGCGUCAUCGAAUACGCCCUCCACUGCAUUGUCGAGGGAGAAAUCGGAAGGAGUAGCAGCAGUGACCUCGCAACGAGCAAAGGAAUCGCCGUCGCCGCACGUCGCGCUGAACGGCAACGCCGUGGUGGAACUCGAUACCAACGCAUUAUUUGUUGGCUUUCUGAGGGACGGUCGCGUCGGUGCGCCGUACGUCCUUCAGCUGGGCGAGGGCGACUACGUGGAGUGGCUGGGGCCGCCAACGACUACCCCGCCCCCGACACGGAACAGCGCAACUCCCGGAAGGGCGGCGACAGGCGGCCGACAGCGUCAGCUCGCCGUGUCACCUCCUGCGCGCAAGAGCGGUGCCCCGUCGUUGUCUGCCCCUCGCGGCCGCACCGUCGCGGGAUCGGGUGAGUGUCGUGUUCGCUUCCGCAACGGCGACACCUACGUCGGCCACGUCCGCGGCUUCCGGCUGCACGGCACGGGAUACUAUCGCUUUGCGGCGGAUGGGCAGUCCUACACCGGCGCCUUUCAACGGGGUCUCCCGCAUGGGGCGGGGCUCAUGAUCUUUGCGAAUGGCGAUCUCUACAAGGGACAGUUUCGGAACGGCCUGUUUGACGGUGUCGGCGCCUAUUCGUGUAAAGCUGGCCGUUACGUGUAUGAAGGUGGCUGGGUGGAUGGGUCGAUGACAGGUGCUGGCACGCUGUCGUACGCGAACGGCGAUGUCUGGGAGGGAAUGUUUAAGGACAACGUGCGCGUUUCAGGUGCCUACACAGCGGUGGCCUAA